AUGAAAGGAUUUGGAUGCGAUUCGAAAACAGGUCUUCUGCAAAAAUACUAUAGAGAAGAAGAAGAAGAAGAAGAAGAAGAAGAAGAAGAAGAAGAAGAAAAAGAAGAAGAAAGACCCGCCCGUCCUGAAGGCAUUCAAGGAGCAGGACGUGAUCCUGCGACUCCCCCUGGGCAAGCGGCUGCGGGACAUCAAGUGGCUAUCCGUGUGGUGCCGGCGAUUCACGAGAACGACUGCAUACUACCCCCUGCCUUGAAGUCAGAGAUCCACGGAGAGUGGGAAGUUCAUUCAGUACCAACUCAUCAACUAGAACACGACCCCGAAUACAAUCCACCAUCAGAUGAUUAA